AUGCUGUAUAGCCCCGAGCCGCCCCGGCGCCCUGACAAGGCGGAGCGCAAGGCGCUGAAGCGGCGCGCCGCGGCCGCCCAGGAGCAGCCGCAGCCGCCGGAGAGCGGCCCCGGCGAGGAGGAGCUGCCGCCGCCCAAGGCCAAGAGGAGCAAGAAGGGCAGGAAGGGCGAGCCCGAGGCCGAGCGGCAGCCCGAGGAGGCCGAGCAGGAGCCCGAGGAGCUGAGCGCCGAGGCGCGGCAAGGCGCCUUCGCCAACUUCCCGCUCUCGCCACACACCGUGGGUCUCCUCAGGGCUCGAGGUGUGAAAUACCUGUUCCCGGUGCAAGUUAAGACGUUCCAGCCCAUAUACGACGGCAAAGACCUCAUCGCCCAGGCUCGAACGGGGACCGGGAAAACCUUUUCCUUCGCUAUUCCGCUGGUUGAGAAACUGCAGAGYGUCCCGCAGGAUGGGAAAAGAGGCCGUGCACCAAAGGUGCUGGUUCUUGUCCCCACCAGGGAGCUGGCCAUUCAGGUAGCCAGAGACUUCCAGAAUCUCACRAGGAAGCUUUCAGUGGCUUGUUUUUAUGGAGGAACGCCCUACAAAGCGCAGUUUGAUCUCCUCAAAAGUGGCAUUGAUGUUUUGGUGGGAACUCCAGGACGGAUCAAAGACCACAUUCAAAAUAGCAAGCUGGAUCUUUCCUCUGUAAAGCAUGUUGUUUUGGAUGAAGUUGAUCACAUGUUAGACAUGGGCUUUGCUGAGCAAGUAGAAGAAAUCUUAGGAUUUGCUUAUAAAAAAGAUUCUGAGGAUAAUCCUCAAACGCUGCUGUUUUCUGCAACUUGUCCACGUUGGGUAUAUGAUGUAGGGAAGAAGUACAUGAAAGGUGAAUAUGAGCAAAUUGACCUGGUUGGAAAGAAGACUCAAAGGACUGCCACAACCGUGGAGCACCUGGCUAUACAGUGUCGCUGGUCUCAGAGGCCGGCGGUUCUUGGGGACAUCAUUCAGGUCUACAGCGGCAGCCACGGGCGGACCAUCGUCUUUUGUGAGACCAAGAAGGAGGCAAAUGAGCUGGCUCUGAAUGCUUCGCUCAAACAGGAUGCCCAGUCACUGCAUGGUGACAUUCCACAGAAACAGAGAGAAAUCACCUUAAAAGGCUUCAGAAAUGGUGCUUUCGAGGUUCUUAUUGCAACAAACGUAGCUGCCCGUGGUUUGGAUAUUCCUGAAGUUGACCUUGUUGUACAGUGUUCACCUCCAAAGGACGUUGAUUCCUACAUCCAUCGUUCUGGCCGCACGGGCCGUGCUGGCCGCACAGGGAUCUGUAUUUGCUUCUAUCAGAGAAGAGAAGAAGACCUGCUGAAGCAGGUGGAGCACAAAGCGGGGAUUACAUUCAAGCGUAUAGGUGUUCCUUCUGCCACAGAGAUAAUCAAAGCUUCAAGUAGUGAUGCCAAGAAGUUUUUGGAGGCGGUUCCCCCCUCUGCGGUAGAGUACUUCAGAGAGUCAGCUCGAGAGCUCAUAGAGGAGAAAGGGGCCRUCGAUGCCCUGGCCGCAGCUCUAGCUCAUAUUUCAGGAGCAUCUUCCAUUCAGCAGCGCUCUUUACUCAACUCAACAGCGGGCUUUGUGACCAUGGUGCUGCAGUGCUCCAUAGAGAUGCGCACCAUGAGCUACGCGUGGCGAGCGCUGAAGGAGCAGCUCGGCGAGGAGGUGGAUGCCAAAAUAUCCGCGAUGCGUUUCCUCAAGGGCAAGCUGGGCGUGUGCUUUGAUAUCCCUGUGGAUGAACUAAGUAACAUACAGGAGCAGUGGCGGAACUCGCGGCGCUGGCAGCUGUCCGUGGCCAAGGAGCUUCCCGAGCUGGAGGAGCUCCCGCACGAGGCAGCCAACGGCGGCUUCUCCAGGUUCGCCAACGGCGGCUUCAGGAAGAACGGCAGGUUUAAGGGCGGCGGCCACGGACAGAGCUUUAACCGGUCCUCCCGCUGAGGGCGGCGGGCCUGCGCGGGGUUUUUAUGGAGAAGUAAAGGAAAAGGAAACGCC